CUAUAUAAACCACUCAGACUUCCCCCAAAGUUCACAACUAAUAAAGUAGUCUUUGAGGUGUGAGGCCAUGGCUAUUUUCUCUAGAGUAGUGAUCCCUUUGAAAAUCACCCUCAUCAUAUUCACCAUAACACUGAUCUUUUCCCCUUCACUAAUCUCCUCUGCUUUCACUCCCAAAAAAUUCAAAAAAAUCUAUGCAUUUGGGGAUUCCUAUACAGACACAGGCAACACACACUCAGCCACUGGCCCUAGCUCUUUCAAUUACGUAUCAAAUCCACCUUACGGCAACACAUUUUUUCACCAUCCAACAAACAGAUACUCCGACGGUCGAUUAGUCAUCGAUUUCGUAGCGGAAUCACUGUCGUUGCCGUUUUUACCGCCUUAUCGAGAUCUGAAAGCGGAUAAAACUUAUGGUGUUAAUUUUGCUGUAGCUGGUUCUACUGCUAUAAGGCACAGAUUUUUUGUGAAGAACAAUAUCACUUUGAAUGUGACUCCACAAUCGCUUCAAACGCAGCUCACGUGGUUUAACAGGUUUUUAGAGAGCAAAGGUUGUGUGAAUUCUACAUCGACGCCGCAGCAGUGCGAGGCGUUGUUUAGUGAUGCUCUGUUUUGGGUGGGUGAAAUUGGGGCUAAUGACUAUGCGUAUAGCUUUGCAUCUACUGUUUCACCCAACACGAUUCAACGGCUUGCUACCAGAAGUUUCACUGGUUUUUUACAGGCAUUAUUGAACAAGGGAGCAAAAUAUGUACUUGUUCAAGGUCUUCCACCAACAGGUUGCUUAACACUGUCCAUGUAUCUGGCACCUGACACAGACAGAGAUGCCAUGGGAUGUGUGGGAAGUGCAAACAAGCACAGCAUCCUCCACAACAGCAUCAUCCAAGCCCAAUUAGAUUCAUUCAGAAAGCAGUUCCCACAAACUGUCAUUGUUUAUGCAGACUACUGGAAUGCAUACAGCACAGUUGUGAGAAAUCCAAACAAGAAUGGCUUUAAAGAGGUGUUCAAAAGUUGUUGUGGCGCUGGUGGCGGAAGUUUAAACUUCGAUAUAUUCAGUACUUGUGGUUCUCCUUCUGCAAGCUCUUGUCCGGAUCCAUCUCAGUAUAUUAACUGGGAUGGUGUUCAUCUUACCGAAGCCAUGUAUAAGACUAUGGCUAGCAUGUUUCUACACGGGAAAUAUUGUAAACCUCCAUUUAGUUACUUGCUAGCCAAAAAACAGUAGUUCUGAACCGCGAGUCAGUACGUGGUCUCAAAAUUGUUUUAGACGACAAAUUUCUAUUUCUUUAUUUCUUUAUGUUCUUUAAAUUUAUGUCAAAUCUAAUGAUAUUGUCCCGUCAAAUUAGGUUGGAGGAGAGUAUUGAAAAAGUGCUUUGUAAGAGUCUGUUUGAAGGAUUUUAUACAUAAAGUCGGGUCUCAUUCAUGAACUCUACACAAUAAGACUCUUUCAUUUUCUCGAA